CUACUGUAGUAGCAAUAUUUGUUGUCGUUGGCAUGUAUAGACUGAUUAUUCCUUCCCUGUCUAGCUAGUUCUUUGGACUUGUGUAGCCAUGUCCUAUAUUCCUUUUUUUUCUUCUCUGAAAUCGUCGUUUCUCUAUUUGGAUCAUAAUAUACACCACCAGAUCAAGAUCACUGCAACGACAAUUUCUACUCUGUUGGAGUGUUAGACCAACCCCGGCCGUCAGCUGGCAAAAUGGAGGACUCGAGCCUGUUCCUGCAGUGGGCGAUGAGCACGCUGCGGCAUGAGCAACAACCCGCGGCAGCCGUCAACGACGACUGCAGCAGCGAGGCAACGUUCCCCUCACUCCAAGCGCUCCGCGAGGCCUCGCAUGCGGCCGAGAUGGUCCAGGAGCUGAUCGGAGAAGCCCCAGCGAACAGCUGGAGCUCGGGCGACACCACCGACGGCAGCAUAGGAGGCAACAGCAACUCGGUCCCUGGCCCUGCUGCGGCGGCCAUGGAGCACGAUGUCUGGCCUGCUGCGUCGUCGAAGACCUCUCCGGCCAGGCGCGCCUUGAGCAGGAGCAGCAGCGACACCAACCCUCCCGUGAGCUGGAACUUCAGCGCCGCAGCCUCGGCACAGCUGGCCGGCAGCGCCGACGGCAUGCUGCCGGAAUUCGCCCCCAAGAGCGCCCUACCGCCGGACCAAGCGUACGGAUCACCGCGGGCAAGGAGAGCCGGCUUGAAGAGCCUGGCGGGAUCCAUGUCGUCGGCGGCGUACGCUCAAGACCACAUCAUCGCGGAGCGGAAGCGGAGGGAGAAGAUCAACCAGCGGUUCAUCGAGCUCUCCACCGUGAUCCCAGGCCUCAAGAAGAUGGACAAGGCAACGAUCCUUUCAGACGCGACCAAGUAUGUGAAAGAACUCCAUGGAAAGCUCAAGGACCUGGAGGCUGGCGGCAGCAACCGGCGCAAGAGCAUCGAGACGGUGGUGCUCGUCAAAAGGCCGUGCCUCCAUGCUGCGCCCGCGCCGGACGACGAUGCCUCCCCAUUGUCAGCGUCGUCAGGCACGCCGGCUGAGACGAAGACGCAGCUGCCGGAGAUCGAGGCCCGGUUCGCUGAGAAUAGCGUCAUGGUGAGGAUCCACUGCGAGGACGGCAAGGGGGUGGCCGUGAAGGUGCUCGCCGAGGUCGAGGAGCUCCAUCUAAGCAUAAUCCAUGCCAACGUCCUGCCCUUCGUAGAGGGCACUCUCAUCAUAACCAUCACGGCAAAGGUGGAGGAGGGCUUUACCGUAUCUGCGGGGGAGAUCGUUGGCAGACUCAACUCUGCACUACUGCACAACAACGAGCAUAAUAGAUGCUGCAACAUCGCUGAUGAGUGAUGAAGAAACAAUAAACUAGCUAAUACUCCCUCCCAUUUUUUAUAUGACGCUGCUUAGUUUAAAAUUGAAUUGACCAGCGUUAUAUAUAAACUAACGGAGGUAGUAUAAUCUAGCGCACGCGCGCCCUAUAUAUACCGCGGCGGUAUGAAAUUGAAGUCCGACGGUAUAUGAUGCUGGUUGCUGGAGUGUUUCUGCUUUUUUUAACAAGUUUUACGGCUCUUGCUGGUUUUUCUCUCUCUCUCUUAUACGUCCCUUCACGUACGUAACGUGCAUGGGAAAAUUGUCUGGUUCUAUAUCAGCGGUUUAGUUAAGAAAACUGUCAAUAUAUACGCCCAUAAGCUCUUACGUCCA